AUGCAAACAAUUGAGCGGGAAAAUUCAAUCCGUGCACUCCCACUCCCAACUGAUGUUAAUGACUCUGAUAAUUUCGAUAAUAUUAUCAUAUCAAUCCCUCAGCAGCAGCAGCAGCAGCAGCAGCCGCCACUACCCUUGGAAGACAUUUCCCCAAUAAACAGCUUUGCCAGCUUCUUUUCCGAGUUCAAGAAUGAGUCGAGCAAGCUUUGGCGUCUGGCUGCCCCUGCAAUCCUCACCACCGUUUUCCAAUACUCUCUUGGAGCCAUCACUCAGACCUUUGCUGGCCACGUUGGACAACUUGACCUAGCGGCAUUCUCCAUCGAAAAUUCCGUCAUAGGUGGCUUAAGCUACGGCAUCAUGGUACGUACUUUGGAAGUGUGGUAUUUUACGGCCCUAAUCCUUUUUGCUGGAUACUUGAAGAAUGCUGAGGUGGCCGUUGAUUCUCUCUCAAUCUGUGUAAAUAUAUUGGGGUGGACUGGAAUGGUUGCGCUUGGAUUCAAUGCUGCAGUGAGUGUAAGAGUGUCGAACGAAUUAGGAGCAGAUCGUCCGAGAACCGCCAAAUUUGCAGUGUUUGUAGUCGUGAUAUCAUCAUUUGUUAUCGCUCUUCUUAUUUCGGUGUUUUUCUUGGCGUUUCAAAAACAAUAUCCAACCUUAUUCUCCAACACUUUGGAUGUCCGAAAUCUCGUGUAUCAUCUCACACCGAUGCUAGCCUUCUGCAUUGUUCUUAACAACGUUCAACCUGCUCUAUCAGGUGUAGCUAUUGGAGCAGGAUGGCAAGCCAUAGUCGCAUAUGUCAAUAUCGGAAGCUACUAUUUGUUUGGCAUUCCAUUGGGUCUAACUCUUGGUUACGCUGUCAAAUGGGGUGUACGAGGAAUAUGGUAUGGGAUGGCAGGUGGGACGGCUAUUCAAACCCUCAUCCUUUUGUGGUUGAUCUACAGAACUAACUGGAAAAAAGAGGCUUCUGCUGCAGCCGAAAGGAUUAAUACGUGGGGAGGAGAAUCAGCUGUUAGAGAAAAUAACAUAGAGAAUUAG